CCUCCAACAACUCGCGUCUCUUCCAAGUCUGUGAUCGCCAUACCCUCAUCUCCGGCGUCCGAUUGUUCUCGGAGCCCAUCCUUUGGCUAUCAUGGCGCUCAUCGACAGAGUGCCCGGGGACCUGAACCUGUAUAUUGGUGGCAUGUUCACGCUGCGACGGCGCGAAGCCCUCCAGCAAGCCAAUAUCACGCACGUCUUGUCGGUAUUGCGUACACCACUAGAUCAAGACUUGUUUGGCCCCUUCAAGCACAUGGUUGUGGAGGUUGACGACGUCGACGACGAGAAUCUAUUGGAGCAUUUCCCUGCUACAAACCGCUUCAUCCAGGAGGGGCUACAGGGAGGUGGCGGAGUCUUGGUGCAUUGUGCUAUGGGCAAGUCACGAUCGGCUACCGUCGUCAUCGCGUAUUUGAUGCAAGAGCACAACAUCAGCCCAUCGGAAGCUCUGUCGCACGUUCGGCAAGCGCGAUCCAUCUGCGAGCCAAACGAGGGCUUCAUGAAACAGCUCGAGCUAUACGGUGAGAUGCAGACACCAGAGAACGUUGAAGACACCCCGGCCUAUCAGCGCUGGGUCUACCAACGCGAGAUCGAGCUGAGCCGCGCGUGUGGCCAAGCUCCAGAGGCGGACAAGAUCCGCUUCGAAGACGAACAUGUCACCGAUGAAUCUUCCGGCUUCGAAUUGAGAUGUCGUAAAUGCAGACGAGCAUUAGCAACGUCAACGUAUCUACUAUCGCAUGGGUCAGCUUCUUCCGUCAGCGAUGAAACACCAGAAGCUAAAAAAGCCUCCUCGCAAAACUGUUCCCAUUACUUCCUAGAUCCCUUAUCCUGGAUGCGCCCCGAGCUCGAACAAGGCAAGUUGGAAGGCAGACUCGAGUGUCCAAAGUGUCACACCAACGUAGGCAAGUACGCAUGGCAGGGUAUGCAAUGUAGUUGCUCAGAGUGGGUCGUCCCCGGUAUCAGCCUGGCGAAGGGUCGAAUCGACGAAGCAAGGAAAGGAAACUUUGGCAUUCGUCGGCCACCGGGUGCAUCAGGUGCGCCUCCGCUGGGGGCAGCUCAGGCAAAGGAGAACCUAUGAGACUGUUGGAUGAGGUUGCCACGUUCUGUUCGGCGAGAUGGAAAUGCGGCUCGCACUUAGCGUCUUCACCGGCGGCCUGUGCCUUAAUCAUAUACUCAAGAUGGAUACAUCUCCGAUCCACUCACCACCACGAGGUCGAUGGUGAAGUGCUCCUCCGAUUGGACAUAGCACCAGCCGGGCAGCGACAGGCAACGAGCAGUAAGCAUUAUUAAUCGAUGGUUUGCUACCAAUCGAUGGAAACACCUCCCGCUAUCACGAAACCUCCGACCAGAGCACGGGUACGUUGUCCGAAGGAUAUCAAUGUGCUAUGAUUCAUAGCGAACAAACCAGCGAUACUAUGUCAUCAAUGUCCUUCACUCCACAUCUCCUGAUAGCUAUGAGCCAAGUAACCUAGACCAUGCCAGAGGUGUUUGUACCCCAAUCAGUCCGCCUAUCAGCAUUUUCAAACUCCGUCACUGUGACACCUGAACAAUCUUUCUUGAU